AAAAUUUUGAGGUUGCCUUGAACUUUUCGGAGACACCAAAGUUCGAGACUGUCUUGACAUGUCAGCUUUCGCGUUCCGGUCUCCAAGAGCAAGAUAGGAUGAGAUAAAAUUAAUCUGCCGAGUGACGACGCCCUGAUACGGCUGUCCCACUCGUGUCAGAGGCUCAUCCUGUCCUUCAGGCUCUUGCCUUUGCUCGUCGCAAUACAGCGUCAGGGGGUCCAGAGGCAGGUCGUCUUUUCGGCCGUCCAUGAUUUAUUUCCCCUUGGCCUUUUGCAUGAGACUCUCAAGAGGAGCUCUGUUGGAUGGCCAUCUCUCUGCACUCCAAUGCAUGCGUCUAGUGGGAUAUCAUUCGCUACAUCUCACAGCCCAACUUGCCACAGCGUCGUCUUCUCUGGCUAGUGAAGCGCGUCUCUGCCUUUGCAGAAAUCCAGGUGAUCCCAUGAGCGUCGUCACACAGUCAGAGCGCAGCAAGGUCUACGAUGGCUAUCUCAGCUUUGCCGACGGCUUCCCUGAGCUGCCCAAGAAGCGCUUCGUCGGUCUGCUAGCCUGCCAGUGCAAUCCGACCUUGCGUACGCUCGACACGACCGUCAUCCGCUGUGAGCCCAACAACAUCAAGAAGCUAGCCAAGGCGGCAGACAAGAAGCAACAAGCCGCGCUCGUAGCUGAUGCUUCGCCCUGGCUGAUCGAGCUAGAAGACACUGUGCUCUUUCCCGAGGGUGGCGGACAGCCGUCUGAUGAGGGACGGCUGUCGGCGCUCGAUGGUGAUAAGAUCAUCGUGAACGUGGCUCAAGUACAGAGACAUGGUCUGGAUGCUGUGCACUACGUCGACAAGCCUCUGGCUGUCGGCCAAAGGGUUCGCGUUGACGUCGACUGGGAUAGACGGACAGAUCUGAUGGAUCAGCACACCGGUCAGCAUUUACUCUCCGCCGUGCUCGAGCAUGAGGUCAAGCUGGACACGCUCAGCUGGUCUCUGUGUCCACGACCUCAGCUGUCCUACAUAGAGCUGCCUAGGAUACCAACACCACAAGAGAUCGAGUACGCUCUCAAGCGGUGUAACGAUCUCAUUGCCAGCAACAGCAAGAUUCGAGUCAGUAUCGCCCUCAAUGACGAUACAUCCGGCACCCGACCAGAUUCGUUGCCCAAGGAUUAUCGUGGCGGCGUCAUUCGCACUGUCAUCAUAGAAGACCUAGACGAGAACCCGUGCUGUGGCACACACUACACUUCACUAGCUGCUCUCGGCUCGCUCUAUCUCUCACCGCACACCACAUCAGUCCGAGGCACAAACGCCAGGCUCUAUUUCUGCGCUGGCAACAGAGUCAGGGAACAGCUCUCGGGCGCACUGGAGCACCAGCGCGACCUGACACGCCUUCUGUACUGUCAGCCUGAGCAGCUUGUCGAACGAGUACAACAGCAGAUGACCACUGCAAAGGACGCGCUCAAGCAUGCCAGAUCGCUACGGGAAGAAUUGCUACCUUUUCUUUCGCACCAGAUCGUCAGCAGCGCCAAGAAAGCGGAGAAUGGCAAUACUUAUGCCUUGUUCGUACGCUAUGCAAGCUCGACGAAUGACAACGAGUUCCUCGCGGACCUGACGCGAGAUCUGCAAAAGGGCUCACAGGCAAACGCAACGCCGUCACUUGUCGCUCUCGCUGUCUGCGAUUCUGCACAGUGGAAUACCAACGGAGGCUGUCUCGUCCUCUUCGGCGAGAAGGCGGCACAUGUAGAAGCAGCUGCAAAGGCCAUCAAGGCCGAGCCUAGCUUUACUACUCGUGUACGGGGCGGUGGCAAGGGGCGCUACCAGGGUAAGCUCAGCUCUGCGACUGAUGCAUGGUCAGAUAGCGAUGCCGCACUCCUCGAGCGCAUCCUAGCAGAGGCCGUUGUCUCCACUUGAUCGUAGGCAGAUCGCCUGGAUCCAUGCAUGAAUUUGCCACGUGUC